AAUUUUUAUAACGUUAUUUCUUGCUUCCAUUUUCCACACUUGAAAGCAGCUCUCACACGCUCCCCCCAUUUUCAAAAACAAACCAACCCCUUUCCCUUUCUUCACAAUGGCUUCCCCUGAUUCCGCCGCCGCCGCCGCUUCCCUCCCUCCCUCCUCCACCAAGAAGGAUGAGGUCACUCCGAUUUCGUCUAAAAUCGCGGAACUAAAUGAAUCGAGAUCGGAGCUUCUCACGAGAAUCCAGAGUUUGAAACAGGAUUUGCAAAGUUGGAGGUCAAAGCUAGACACACAAGUGAAGGUUUAUCGCGAUGAGCUGUCAGAACUUAAGAAAACACUCAAUGUUGAAGUGGAGCAACUACGAACAGAAUUCCAAGACCUUAGGACCACCCUUCAGCAGCAACAGGAGGAUGUUACAGCAAGCUUAAAAAACUUGGGGCUUCAGGAUGUAGCAGGAGAUGUAAAACAAACUCAGUCACAGGAGGUUAAGAUUGAGGAAAUUGACAAGGAAGAGCAACAGGUAUUACCUGAAGAGCAUACUGCCAAAGUGGAUAAAAUUUAAACACAAGGAGCAGUUUGUUCCCUUAGAGGAGGCUGAGAGAUUUUCCAUGUUGUAUUAUUAGUUGUGUGUGACGUGUUUGAUGAGUACUGCUGCGUAUGAUAAUACAGGAUUCAUCAAUCAAUGGUAACUUCUGUGGUUGCCUUUCAUUUCUA